AUGUCGGACUAUCUACAAGUUUUAGAAAAAUACCAGCAGGAUGAUAACGUGAAGCGAGAAUACUACUUGGAACAUCAAAGCUACAACAAUUCGUAUGGAAACAACGAUGAGAUACGCAUUGAAUUGCGUAAUAAGGAAAAAUUCACUAUACCAUGCGAAAGUUACUUGCAGAUCGAGGGAAAAGUUGAAAAACCGGUUGCAGCCGUCGGUACAGUAGUAAUGAAUCAAAAUUCUAUGAUGAAUCUUUUUGAUGAAAUUAGAUUUGAAAUAAACAAUCAGACAAUUGAUAAAACAAAAAAUGUUGGUGUAACUACGACUAUGAAAGGAUACUGUUCGUUCACGCCUAACGAUAUCGUACGGUUACAACCAGCUGGAUGGAAAAACGAAAAUAAAUUAUACAAAGACGAAGACUUCAUGGAUGACAACGAAUUCGUAGCACAAUGUCCGCUGUACAUGUGUAUGGGAUUUUUCGAACGAUACCGGCGUGCAUUAGUGAACUGCAAUCAAACACUUAUUUUGAUACGAUCGGGCACCGACAGUUCCGCUAUAAUGCUCGUACCACCAACAGAAGCGCAAAAAGAACAAGUUAUGUCCAAAAGUAAUAUUGCGUUAAUUAAACAGACGAAAGUGAAUAUUACAAAAAUUAAAUGGGUCGUGAAGUAUUUCGAACCGAAUGUAAAAACGGAAUUGGGUCUAAUGCGUAUAUUGGAUAAUAAAAAAUGGUUACCGUUAGAGUUUCAACACUGGGACACUGCAGUAUACCCACUGGUUCCGCAAACAACCGCUCAUACGUGGCCGGUGCGUGCGUACUCAGGUGUUGAAAAACCUAGGUAUCUACUCAUAGCCAUGGUGACGGAAUCCGAUGGGGUACACGGAAAUUUCAACCAUUGUUCUCUGCGCAACAUUAAAGCGUAUUUGAACGCGGACGAGUACCCGUACGAAAACCAAAAUGCAGAUUUUGACAAAGGCAAGUAUGCGAUAUUUUAUAACUCGUACGCACAAUUUCAAUCAAUGUACUACGGUCGGCUGAACCCUUACCCUUAUUUGGAUCGGGUCAACUACAAAAAAAUCGGACCCAUAUUCGUCAUAGAUUGUUCGAAACAAAACGAAACCGUCAAAUCGUCCACAGUGGAUCUACGUUUGGAUUUCGAAUGUGUAAAUCAAUUUCCCGCUAAAACUACACUGUACUGUGUUAUCAUACACGACUGUCAAAUGGAAUACAACGCAUUUACCGGAGAAGUGCGCAAAUUGUAA